AACAAAACAGUUUUCUAUUCCAAAUGUCAAACAGAACGUCAAUGAAAAUUGAUUCCAGAAUCGUCACUGGGAAUUAGGUAUAUGGCGGUGGCACAAUUUCUGCGCCGCAACCUGGUCAGCAUAAGUUUCCCAGUUCUAACUGCUACAUUCAUCUACCUUGACUGGAGUCGCACUAAGAACUGGAAGCUGCAACAACAGAAGGUAGAAAACUAAGAUGGCUAUCUUCGGCAUCACUCCUCGCUAUGUCUGGUUUGCUGUACCUAUUGGAGGUUACCUCAUCGGCAAGUACUUGGAUGACCAAGAAACGCUAAGAAUGACUAACUUCAGAGAUAAAUCCAUGCUGUAUGGAGGCAGGGUCAAGCCCGGUGACCCUCCAUCUUGGCCUUAAGUUAUUUUGAAUGUAGUGAUUGUCAAUGGAAUUAUGUAAUGAAAAAAUAAAAUAGUUGUACUCAUG